AUGCAACGACUGUGUGUGUGCGUGCUGAUCUUGGCACUGGCUCUGACCGCCUUCUCUGAAGCUUCCUGGAAGCCCCGCUCCCAGCUGCAGGAUGCACCCUCGGGUCCAGGGGCCAACAGGGGCCUGGAACCACAUUGGCUGAACCGGCUGGGCCCAGCCUCUCACCACCGACGGCAGCUAGGGCUCCAGGGUCCCCCACAGCUGGUGGCAGACCUGUCCAAGAAGCAGGGACCGUGGCUGGAGGAAGAAGAAGCAGCGUACGGAUGGAUGGACUUCGGCCGCCGCAGUGCAGAGGACGGGGACCAACAUCCCUAG